CUCUCAGAUGAGCUGUUGAGCCUUGUGCAGAAGGUCACACAACUCACCAAAGUGAAACACAGUUGUAAUAAAAUAAUGAAUUCCAAAUGCACCAUGACUAAUGAUUAUUGAAUUUAUGCAACAUAUUUAACAGAAGCAGGAGGAGUACACAUGUGGAUUUUAAUAGCUUGUCUUUCCACAGGUGACACAUGAAGCAAACAUUCUCACCAAGCUUUAAGGGAAAGCAGACACGAUUGGAUCAGCACGAUUCAAAACACCGACGACUGCACUGCAGCCCAUGUAAGCCACUUUGGCAGCAACUGAGUGUCUGUGAGCCCUGGACCAACGUUCCAGUCUGACAAAAAUACUUGCAGAAAAAAAUCAAUUGCAUGCUCUUUGUGUAAACAGUAGAGGAGAGGCAGAUGCAGUCACGUGGCUAUAGAUCACGACUGAGUAUUGCCAAAACCACAAUCCCACCCACCCCGGCUGAAAAAGUGACGCAUGUGAAAAGGACAUUUUGUGACGAGUGACAAACUGUCUGAAGAGAGCAGCCCGUUGCCAACAUUCCUGUAUGUGUUUCCUUAAAUUUGACCUUAGCUCAAGGGAUUAGAGGAAGUAGUCAUACUAUCAGCUGAGAAGUCCACCACCUUAAGGUCAGACUGAACUUCUGGUCAUUACAUAAUCUAGACUGUGCACAGAAGAAGAAGACUGAAACAAGACUGAAUAAUUGAAACUGAGGGAACCCUUGAAACAAAUUCAAAUUAGCUGCAGUUUAAUAUGAUCCACUAAACACUAAAAACCUAAAAAAAUCAUGUGAACCUUUUGGUUCUCAGCACCUUGAGAAUUUCACGCAAAGAUUAAUGUCAGUUUCCAUGCCAAUCAGUUUUUAAUCUAGGUGGAAUACCAUGGCUAUGAAUGCUAGCACAAUGAACCAGUCAGACUGCCCGGAGGUGCAGGUACCUUUCCCUGUCUUCUUCACCAUUGGUGUGGUGAGUCUGGCCGAGAAUCUGCUCGUUGUGGUGGCUGUCAUCUGGAACAGGAACCUCCACUCGCCCAUGUACUGCUUCAUCUGUAGCUUAGCAGCCUUCAACACCAUCGCCAGCCUCGCCAAAACCUGGGAGAACCUGAUGAUUGUGUUUGCCGACGUUGGACACCUGGAGAAGAAAGGUCCCUCUGAGAAAAGACUGGACGAUGUGAUGGACUCCCUGCUGUGUAUGUCAUUUGUUGGCUCCAUUUUCAGUUUCCUGGCUAUUGCUGUGGACCGUUACAUCACCAUCUUCCAUGCACUUCGAUACCACAACAUCAUGACAAUGCAGCGCACGGGGGCCAUCUUGGGUGUCAUUUGGACAACAUGUGGGGUGUCAGCUGUGCUCAUGGUGAGGUUCUUCGAGUACAAGUUCAUCAUGAUCAGCUUUGUUGUCUUCUUCAUCGUCUCCUUGGCGAUUAUCUGCUUCCUCUAUGUCUACAUGUUCACGUUGGCGCGCAUACAUGCCAGGAAGAUUGCUGCCCUGCCUAACAGUGGGAGGAGUCGACAUCAGUGGUGGAGGGGCAACAGCAUGAGAGGGGCGGUGACUCUCACCAUCCUGUUUGGAGCAUUCUUGGUGUGCUGGGGACCAUUUUUCGUCCACCUAAUUAUCAUCAUGGUGUGUCCCAUGAACCCAUACUGUGAAUGUUACCGAUCACUGUUCCAGCUGCAUGUGGUGCUCCUGAUGAGCCACGCCCUCAUUGACCCGGCGAUCUAUGCCUUCCGCAUCGCUGAGCUCAGACGCACAUUUAGAAAGAUGCUGUUUUGUUCAGCCUGGAGGCAGUAGUCAUAGAGAAAAUCCACUUACACCUUUCAUGUAAGCCUCUGUUUAUUUGUGGACAGUGUGUGGUUCCUCUUUCAAUACAGACAGCUUGACAAUCAUCAGGUUCCAUAUAUUUACAUAUUAGAACCAACAAUAUUUAGUUCAAGGCAUCAAACUGCAUUUAUUUUCCUUUUUCAACUAGCACAUGUGUGACGUUUGAUGUGUGCAUUUGUAUGCACCUGUUAAAAAUCAAAUGUUUCUGUGUAUGUUUUAUUUUCAUUAGAUAACUGCCAUCUGUCCAUCUUUUUACUGCCAUGCUGGCUAUCUAACCAUCCAUCCCUUGUCCAUCAUCCUUUUCUCUCAGGACUUGGAUGCAAUCUUAUAUCACCCCAAGGGUCAGUCUUCUCAAAUCCUGUUUAAAAAAUACCCAUCUGCACCAUAUUUGCAUGAGAUUCAUAUUUUGCAGAACCUUUUUUAAAUCAAAA